CUCCUAGAAAUUAGAAUUAAAUAUUUUUAGCAAUACAAAAUGGAGAACGUAGAAGAAGUGCUUCUUAAAUACUACUCCCCUCACACCUCUCAGGGGGAGAAGAAGAUAGCCCAGGAAUAUAUCGAAAGCUACCUUAACAACAGUGCUAAUGAAUGGCAACAGAUUAUGGCCAUGAUGGAUAGGCUUACUGAAGAAUCUUGAAAUCUCGCAAUCAGUGGCACGACAGAUACCACCGACCUAAUCUGCCUCCAAUGGCCUCUGAAAGCGCUUACUUACAUAGUGACUAAUUCAUGGGACAAGGUCAUCGACCAGGACAUGUUCUACGCAGAUUUGUUCCAAUUAUAUGAAAAUAAAUUUCAUUUGGUACACAUGGCUAAUAUUAUUUCCAACCAGUUCGUCCUGUUAUUCACUGAACUCGCUCUUUAUGACAAAGCUGACUCUAGGUAUAAGCUUACACUUGGAUGGUUCAUGGAUUUCUUUGACAAAAGUGAUGGCGAGAAUCGUAUAAUGCAUUCUAAGUUUCUCUGAAAAUAUCUUAAAUUUCUCUACGAAGACGCCUUCGAAAAUUUGGAAUACAACAAACUUUCCUUCAAGAAAGAAAUAAUAAUGAAGAGAGACUUUGGGCAAAGCUUUAUUGACAGGCUUGAGGACCUCCUACUAAAUGAUAGCUCUAUCCAAAGCGAUGCUAUAAUGUCAGGGCUUGCCUCGCUGUUUAUUUUCAGAGCUGACCUUAUCAAACAACAAGACACUGAGUUAUUCUGCGACCUGACAAAAUAUGAUAGUCUUAUAUGAUUCCUAGAGCUCACUUCCAAACUGGUUGAGCAGGUGAUUGUAGAUGCUUCUGCUCUCCAACAGGUGCUAGACAAGUGUUGUCAGAUAAUGAAGGAAGACAUUGAUGAACACACGCUUGAUUUCUUGACUCUGACCCUCCAAGACAUCAUAAAGUCCUCCUUUGAAAUUGAUGGGUGCGAUUACAAGUUUCAAAAAGAAGUGAUAGAUUUCAACAUUGGGAUUCUAGUCAAACUCGACAACCAAUACAAAUCAUGAAUGCAUUUGAUGGAGUCUAUCUCCUGCUUUCUCCGAAUGGUCCAUUUUAGCCGAGAAAGAGAAAGUGAUUUCAACGCUUUGAUUCAAGAGUUAAUCCAGAUUUGUAUCAAGAAGACUAUUUACCCAGAGUUCUUCGAUAUUGAGACAACUGUUCCCUCCAAGAGGGAGUACAGGCAGAAGUUCAGAAUCUCAGGUUCCUCUAAACAAAAGCAUGAUAGCGACAAUGAAGACCUCAUCAUUGAUAUGACAGAUGACCAAUCUUCAUUUGUACAUAUGAGGAAUGAGAUCAAAAUGUUGAUCCUCGAAAUUUCUUUGAAAGUGAGAAAACUUCAUUCCAUUUUCCAACAAAUCAUUGAGAUUGCACAAUCCAUAGUUGAAAAUUCAGACAAUUGAUCUGAGGAAGAGCUAGAUUGCAGAAUUGAAGCAGUCUUAAUGGUCUUCUCCCACUUCUUAGAAGGAGGUAAGAAAGACAACAGAAAUUUUACUAAAUAGCACUAUUGACCUUCUUGUGGGUUUCUUCCUUAAAACAGAGAUGAAGGACUUUUUCGCAGGCGAAAAUAGCCACUGAUUGGUUUCUAAGAAAUACCUUGACUGCUUACUACAAUUAAGAUUUUAUUUCACAGAGGAUGAGGACAAGGAUAAAUUAAUCGAGUUUAUUUUACAAAUUAUGUUUGAAAAGAAUAUUUUACUCUCUGAAAAUGCUGGCAAUAUUUCAUACUUUAUCUCCACAUUCCACAGCUUUAUCAAGACAAAUGUUAGUAGGAUAUCUGAAGAAAAUUGUCAGAAGAUAGCAGAAAGCUUAAAGGAAUCUUUGAUCCCCAGCAUUACUGCUGGUGACCAGCAGUACUCGAUUAAGACUCCUUACCUGUUUGAAAUUUUUGGCUAUAUCUCUCAGAAUCCCAAAAGAUCACUUGAAUGAAGAGUUGAAGCAACCAUGGAUGUGUUGGAUUUCAUCAAGAAGAUGUUUGACAAUGCUGAUACUCUCCAUCACUUCAAGCUUUGCCAAAGAUGAACAUUAAGUUUUCUUUCCAGAGUUCCAUCUCCUAUUGAUCCAGAGAUCGGAAGGCUUUUCUAUUUCAUAAUGGAGAUGUUUGUAAAGAAAGCAUGCCCUAAUUUCAGUAUUGACAAUCUUAAUGAAGUCACUAUCUGGGAAGUCGAAAUCAUGGCGAGCAACCGAACCCAACUGGUAUGAAUGCUACAACUUAGAAGGCUCAUCUUGGAGGUUUACAUGAGCUUAUCCUCAAAAAUUGAUGAAGUUAACAAAUUGAAGUUGUUCCAAAUUUCACUCCCUGUUUUGAUUUCCUGAAUAGGUAAAGAUCACGACAGUUUCACUAAGGAAGUUCCGAAAGUCCCUGAAAUUGACAGUACAGUGAUGGCUCUCAUAGAGUCGGUGAAGUAUUAUUGACCUGAGGCGGUAGAACUUCAUAAAUUCUUUGGUUCAAGACUCCUAUUCAUAGUUGACUGACUUUGUUCAAAAAUAGUAGAGGAACAUAUUCAUCAAAAAUCAGAUGAAUUCGCUGAAAUAGAUUCAAUUAUCAUGCAUUAUCUGAGGUAUAUCAAUGAUCUGGUGUUCUACGACUCGCAUGCUUUGUUCUUUCCGUCUGAUGGACCUUCAAGCGAACAUGGAGGAUUCUUCAUAAAUGACCUUCUUGGAUUUCUAUCUAAGAUCAUUUUACAGCCAAUCAGCAGGAAGGUUUCUGAAAAAGCCUUAGAAGUCUUAACAAAUCUUUUAAAAGAUCUAACAAAUUACGAAGACAAACAAACUACAGAAAAGAAAUCAGAAAUGAGUGUCCCUGUUGGGGACAAGUGCAUAAUCGGCAACUCUGAGUGUGAAGGAGUGCUCGCUCAGCUUGAUGAGGUUUCAUCAUCCAUAAUCUGUGACUAUAUCUUCCAAAUAGACUUAACUGAAGCUCCCCAUGACCUUAAAGUUAUAGUCGCCUAUAUCUCUGAAAUAAUGUUUAUUAGAGUGAAACUUGAUCAAACCAUGACUGAAACCCUUAGGAAAUACUGGAAGAGCAAAGGGACUGAUUACAGAUGUAUCCUGGAGAUCAAAGAGGCUCUCGAAGUUGCCAUCAAGGAAGAGGAAGAGACUGAUAACUACAUUUAUGUAAAGAACGAGCUAACCUCUAAGAUCUGUCAGUCCCUGAAAGAUAACAGCAUGAAGGUCUUACUCAGUAGUGGUGAUAACGUGUAUAUGUAAUUAUUAAAACAAAAUCA